UUAAAAGCUAAUACAUAUUUUCACACAUUUCUAGAUUAUUUAGAAAUAUUAUAAAUCCAUUAUUUUAUAGAAAAAAUUGCACAAUGGUGACAAUACGCUGUCGGUUUAAGUGGAAGGAAUUAUGGACACUAGCAUGGGAAUACAUAAAAUGGAAGACUGCACAAAUUAUUUUAACUGUUCAGUCUCUUUCUUACAAUGAUCAUAUCAGUGUUAAUUAUGCAAUUGAUUGCUUGUUAGAACCAAUAUUCUGGUUUGUAGAUAAUUUUGCUGGAUAUUUAGGAAGGGUAUUUGUAUUUUGUGUGACAGUUCUCACAACAGCAGUUGUUGGAGUAGCAUAUUGGAUUGGCUUACCAUAUUGGUGGCACAGGAACCCAUACUUUACAGUAUUUCUAGUAAUUUUUGGGCAUUGGCUGCUAUUGAAUAUUGUGUUUCACUAUUAUAUGGGUGUGAGUACACCGCCAGGCUACCCUCCUCAUGGUGCUAUAUUGAUUGAGGCUGCAAGUAUAUGUAAGAAAUGUAUAUCACCAAAACCACCACGGACACAUCACUGCUCAGUUUGUGAUAGAUGCAUACUUGCCAUGGAUCACCACUGCCCAUGGCUCAAUAACUGUGUGGGAUAUUAUAAUGCCAGAUAUUUUUACCUGUAUAUGGUGUAUAUGGUUGCUGGAAUUUGUUUUCUAAUUAUAUUUGGAUUAGACAUUGGGUAUCAAGUACUUUGGGUGUAUGAUGGCAAUACAACACCAAUCAAAGAUGAGCCUGAUUUAUUUGGUCAUCCAUUAAAAUUGAAUAAAAGUGGAGUUCUCGUCCCGGUUAAAGAUAUUCCUGAAUAUGAUUCCAUCAACUUUCCUCGUGAACACAUUCUACCCACACCAGAGAUCACGCAGUUAGAUCUCAUUUCAGCUGAUCCCUGGAAGAGGAAAGCUAUAGUAUUUAUGGCUAUCACCUGUCUUUCUGUUCUUUUGGCUCUCGGAAGUCUGGUUACCAUGCACGGUAAGCACAUAAGUAGAGGUGAAACUAGUGUGGAGUCACAUAUAAAUGCAGCAAUGGAGAAAAAAUCCUCUUCAUUUAGGAAUCCAUACAACUUUGGUAGAAGAAAAAACUGGAGGAUAUUUCUCGGUUUAACACAAGGUAGGACGUUUUUACACGUACUAUUCCCAUCAAGGCACGCGCCCACAGGCAAUGGCCGUACAUGGCAUAUGAUUAGUAGUGACAUAGAAGACUGGCCCUAAGAGCAUUUUGUAUUUGUGUAUGACUUAAACUUCAAUUUGAGAUAAAGUUACUUAAAUUAUCAACCUUUGUCUUCAAGGCUCUCAUAAUUAAUUGAAUAAAAGCUUAGGAUUAAUUCUUAUUUAUCGUGUAUUCAACAAUAAUAUAAAAAAAUGUGGCGCAUAUUUCCCAAUAUGUGUUUUUGAUGUUGAAUGCAAUGUAGAGCAGUUUAUUGUAGUAGACAAUAAUGAAAAAUAGAAUUAAUAGUCGAAUAAGAUAUAUACGUUUUACAUACAGUAUCAAUGGAAUUGAUUAAAAGUCUCGACAUUCCAUGACUUAGUCCAGUUUCCAAGAACGAUGAUAAACUUGGGACUUCGUAGUUUUAUCCGCUUAUUCAUAAGAAUUAACCUAAUACCUAAUUGUCUCUUUUUAUAACAGCGUAAAGUCAAUACUACAAAAAGUUUUUAUGUGUUUAGUAUAUUUGAUAUAACUCAUAUUAGUUAAAUUUUAUAUAAACCUUUUUUUAUUUUAUUUAUUUUGACUGAAGCGGUAGGCAGAGGCCACGGCUGAGUUGCCUCUCUCGCUUCAUUGUCUUUCAUGCCAUUCACCAAGCAUGCUCGUCGGUUAUGGGUACUUUUAACUUGUCCCUUCACUAGUAAGUCCUUCAUUUGGUUGGACCAUAGGUUGCCUUGUAUAUCCUUACAUACAGGAUAAAUACUUGUUAACAGCUUACUCAUCCGUUCUACAUGGCCUAACCACCUAAGAAUUGAACACUCACGGUGCCUUCUUAUCCCUUAUCCUACCUUAUCUCACGCUUUUCUCGAUAGGAAACCAAUCCGUGCCGGGUACGUUUGAUUCUGACGCAUGCCAUAGAGUCAAAUAUACUUUUUCAAACCCCACAUACUUCGUUAGUUACCCUUGUAUCUGUAUUUAAAGCUUGUAUGUAACCUGUUCGUGUACAUGUUAUUACAAGUAUAAUUAAUAUUCCUCUUGCAGUGAUUCCACUAUUAUUCUUUAUAAAAUGGUUGGACCAUUUGUGUACCCAGUCAAUUACAAGAUAUCGUCAUCGUCGUUGUGUAUAGGCGACGACACACCCUUCUUUCAAUCUACGACCCCUUCCCUUAAUCUCUUGUCAGAGAGUCAAUCAUUCUUUUCCAUGUGAUUAUUUUUAUGAUCAGAUAGUAUUCUAGACACAACUCCAACAAUUUCCUUCCAUUUUCAUUCACAAACCUAUACCUUUUCAUAGCUAUUUUUAAAUGACCAUCCAUUAAUCCUUUUAUUGUGUCCCCUUAACUUUGCACAAUGUAUCUCUGGUAUACUCCCAAAACCCUUCUCUCUCUCUUUGGGCGCUGACCGGACCUGCGUUGGUUGGCAUACAUUUCAAUAAUUAUAAUUCGUAUCGGCCCAGUUUGACCCUGAUUCAGAGGACCUCCGGCAAUAAAAGGUGCGUGCUUUGUGGACUGACAUCCCUUACACUUUUUCUAAUUAAACACAUAAUUAGUCAAUAUGCCUUUCAUUGAUCACAUGCACGCCACAUCCACGAAGCAAAACGGCUCUAGGCGUGCCUACUCUGACACAUGUAUGACCUUCAUGACAUGACGUGUGGCGAGCCUCGUCUGGGAAGGUAUUUGUACUAAGUGCAACGCUGAGGAAAUAACUCUCCACCCCAUCAGAGCCACGCAUGACGGGAUAAGGCAAUGAUACAUACUGGGAAGGCCUGUUUUCAACAGUGAUGGCACAACUAGGCUCGCUCCUAGACACGCAUUUCUCGAUACGUCCACACGUUCCAUCGGUAAUCUAUGGUUGGGACUACUUGUUUUGCAGUCAAGUUAUAGCAUAUUUUAGGAGUUAUAACGUAACUAUGUAUUUAUAUAAUAAUUGUAAGUAAUUAUUGCAAUUAUUAACUGUUACUGUCAUAUUAUGUUUUUAAGCUAGUCAUUAUAAUAUAUUAUAAAUGAUGAUCUUCCUAGUCGCUUUAAUGUUAAAUUAUUUUUUAAUGUAAGAACUUCCAUUGUAACGCCAAUGGGAACUUUAAAUAAGUAUAUUUCUAAAGAAAGACUUAAUCGUAUAUGUGUUGUAAGGAUUGUAGCGAAACCCGCUUAUUCAUAAUACUAAAUGAGCCUAACUGAACUGUUUUUAACUAAACUACUCUUUCGCCUCUUUUUGUCAUAAUGUGUUAACGCUGUGAUGAAAAGAGACAGGACAGUUAAAACGGUGCAAUUAGACUUGUUAUUUUGUAUCAAUAAUAGGGGUACUGUGUAGUUAGUUCAAUAUUUGCUUCAAUGAGUCCAUACGUCUAACAUUCCAAUACAUAUUUAGUCAGUAAUACUCCUCAUGUUUGUUUAAGUACAAAUCUAUUCUUGCAUUGUGUUCGUCUUUUUAACGUGGUAGAAAAAACCUGAAAGCGCUGGUCUUUUUAUUGUUUAUAAUAAUUUAAGUAUCAACCCUUGUAAAUAUUAGUUGCAAUUAAGUUGGGUAAAUUACAAAAUGUGAGUAGAGCA